CAGCUGUCAGAAUCGGAAGGAACGAGGAAGAGAGGAAGGGAAGGAGCUGGCGAUCCCGCCCCUGCCACGCCCAGCCCAAAGCAGGAGGGCCGCGCGGGCUGGACGGGGACGCGUCUCCCAGCUUGAGCAGCCCCACGAGAGCCCAGCCGCCACUCACCGAGAAUGGAAAUCUCUCCAACCCACUACUCAGCUUCCAGGGCGGCCUCGGUGGCGGAGAGCUGCAUCAACUACCAGCAGGGGACCCCCCACAAGGUGUUUCUGGUGCAGACAGUCAAACAAGCCAGCCUGGAGGAUAUUCCAGGAAAAGGACAUAAGUAUUGCCUGAAAUUUUCUGUGGAAGAAAUUAUCCAAAAACAAGUUACAGUGAAUUGCACAGCAGAAGUACUUUACCCUCCAAUGGGACAAGACUCUGCACCAGAAGUCAACUUCACAUUUGAAGGAGAAAUUGGAAAGAACCCAGAUGAAGAAGACAACACAUUUUAUCAAAGACUCAAAUCCAUGAAGGAACCACUAGUAGCACAAAAUAUUCCAGACAGUUUUGGAAAUGUACCUCCGGAAAUGAAGCCAGUUCGAUAUUUAGCGUGGGUUGCCUCUAGUUAUAUAAUAUGGCAGAAUUCUACUGAAAAUACAUGGUAUAAAAUGGCAAAAAUUCAAACUGUCAAGCAAGUGCAAAGAAAUGAUGACUUCAUUGAGCUGGACUACACCAUCCUACUUCAUGACAUUGCAUCUCAGGAGAUAAUUCCUUGGCAAAUGCAAGUUCUGUGGCAUCCACAAUAUGGUACUAAAGUAAAACAUAACAGCCGUCUGCCAAAAGAAGCACGGUUGGAGUAAAUGAAGACCCUACCACCGGAUGAAGUGUAAACAUGCUUAUUAAUGACGUGUGUGCCAGUCUUCAUUGACAUCUACCUUAAGGGGCCAGAUGAAUCCCAAAAUUGUCACUCUGUAUAAAUGGCUUAAUUAUAGUACCAGAACUAUAUAGCUUCCAUAAUAAAGAGUGUCACCAUGGAAAGUGUCUUAUCAACAGUAACAGUGCUAUGUAUAUCCCAUAAUAAAAAGCUCUCAAUUCCAGCCU